AGUCGUUGGCAACUGCACAAGAAAGCUGUGGAGCGGUGCGGUGAGUGAGGCAGCGAGUUUAUCUUCAGAGUGACUCAGGAACCAGUGCAGGGCGGAGACCUCAUGACGGCCGCACCGCCAGCCCGGCCUCCUAGUGGUUGUUGCUACUGUGAGCGAGUGUGAUGAGUGUUGUGGCUGUGAGGUGGUGAGCAUCAGGUGGCAGUGUCGCGUGGAGCGCGGGGCGCACCACCACCACCACCCGUGAGGGCGAGGCAGCCUCCUCCUCUCUCCGCAGCAGCACACGCGCCGUCCAGAAGCCCUGAGUGAGGCCAGACGCAGCGGAAGGGAUGCGCGAGGUCCUCGACAUGGCUAAGGGCACUCCAGGGGAUGCGGGCGGCCUGCGGGGUUUCCUGAGCCCCGACGACCACCCAGACCUCCACGACAUCUUCCACACUGGCUGUAUUGACGACGACUACGAGGUGGAGAAGGAACCCAUCGCCAGGGGCAAGUUCGCGGCCGUGCGCCGUGCCCGUCACCGCGCCACUGGACAAGUUUACGCUGCCAAGUACGUCCGGCGUCGGCGUCUGGAGGGCGAGGCGCGACACGAGGUGGCCGUCUUGCUUCUGGGAUUGCGCGACCCACACAUCGUUCGUCUUUACAAAGUGUACCAGACCCGCACCGAGUAUAUCAUUCUGCUGGAGUUUGCUGUGGGCGGCGACCUUCAGCGCCUCCUGGAUGACGCCGUGUCCCUGCCAGAGAGGGACGUGCGGGUGCUCCUCCAGCAGGUUCUCCGCGGCCUGUCGUUCCUCCACGCUCACAACCUGGCCCAUCUAGACAUCAAGCCCCAGAACCUGGUGAUGAUGGGCGACUCCCCUGAGGCCGGUGUGAAGCUGGUGGACUUUGGUCUGUCCCGUGUCAUCACCCAGGGCUCAGAAAUCACACAGAUCAUGGGAACGCCAGACUAUGUGGCUCCCGAAGUGAUCAACUAUGAGCCCAUCAGCCUGGCCACCGAUAUGUGGUCGGUUGGUGUACUGACCUACGUGUUCCUGACGGGGUGCACGCCCUUUGGAGGUGACACUGAUCAGGAGACCUUUGUCAGCAUCACACAGGCAGAGGUGGACUUCCCAGACGAACUAUUUUCCGAUAUUUCCGAGGAGGCGAAGGACUUCAUCUGUCACCUUCUUGUCAAAAAACCGAGUGACAGAAUGACAGUAGAUGAAUGUCUGACCCACCGCUGGAUGACCAUUGCCCUCCCCAUCUGCCCGCCAAUAAUCAGCCCGUCCCUUGAGGAGGAGGAGGAGGAGGAGGAGGAAGAUGAGGAGGAGGAAGAGGAGGAGGACACCACAGCUUACCAUGAUGGCUAUGCCCCCCACACCUACAGUUCCUCCUUCCCAGCCUCCUCGGAACACCUCUACCCACUUCCAGAGAAUGACAAUGGUGACUCAGCCUACUCCAGCGACUCCAGCAGCAGUCCGACCUUCACUGAUGGCUACAGCAGCCUUGUUGUGCCUCCGCUGUGCCACUCCACCAUCCCUGAGGAGCAGCAGCACCAGCACAAGCAGCCACAGAAGCAGGCCACCACCUCAGUGGUGGUGCCAGCAUCCCGGCGGCGGAGGAGCAAAGGGCAGCACCUCAGCGUUGACAUGGAGGAGACGCUGCGCUCGCUACACCAUCAACAACCCAAUCGUGCCCUCAGACGUGCCUCUCUGGUGCUGGACGACACACGCUACCUCCAGAACACCUCCCACCAGAUCCACGACAUCCUGCGUCCUAUGUCAGAGUCUCAGAGGCCUGUGGCAGAGGAGGGCAACAUCACCAGGGACUCUGAUGUGGACAGCGGUGUGUCUUGUCAUGACUGUGAAGAAUCCCGCAUGGAAAACCAGCGGCUGUGUCACUCCGACUCUUAUGACGGAGGAGAUGCCGCCAGUGUCAUGUCCUGGGAUGACUAUGCUGACAUCAGUGCCGGUCGCAGGUCCUCCCUGACUCAGAAUGACCCUGCCUCUGUCACAAAGCCCUGGGAGAAGCUCUGUAAUGGCUCAGUGUCCCGUGCCAAGGACCAGCUCAAUGUGAGGAAGGUCGUGCCUGUUUCACCUGAGACACACACCUGCCAGGUAGACUUCAGGGGUUCCAAGGGGGACUUGCGGGAUUCCAGGAACAACUUCCACUCGUCAAAGUCUGAUCUAAGAAUCAAGGCUGAGAUGCGAGGCUCCAAGUCUGACCUCAGGACUUUACCCAAGUCUGGAGUGAGGUCCUCAAGGUCUGACCUGAGAGGCUCCAUGUCUGAUCUCAGGACACCAAAAGAGCUCAGGGGCAUGAAAGGGGAUUUCAGGGGCUCCAAGAAUGACCUCAGGGCAGCCAAUGACUUCAGGGGGUCGAAGAGUGACCUCAGGGCAGCCAUUGACUUCAGGGGGUCGAAGAGUGACCUCAGGGCCUCUGGUGACUUCAGGGGUUCCAAGUCAGACCUGCGAAUGCAGAGGUCGAAUCUCACUCUGUCGCGGUGGGAGUUGGCCCACGAGACGCUGGACGACAAGUGCCUGCGGGAGGACGACGGCGAGGACGUGAUCCGCUACGAUGUGACGCUGCCCAGGCGCAAGAACAUUAACCGGACAGAAUUGGCUCCUUUCAUGCGCGGAAACUCCUUACACAUGAGUUUUCGUGUUCCCAAACGAAGAGACAUGCAAAUUUGAUGAUACCCAAAUCCUAUUAUUGUUCUAUAGAUGUACUUAACAUACAAUGAUGCUAAUAUGUUCUAGUCAUAACUUAUACAUAGGAUGGAAGGUGCAUAAAGUGUGCAUUGCUGGAAACAAACAAAGCAUGCACAAAAAAAAGAACAUGGAGCCUAAGGGAGAAAAGGAUGAGAGCAACGUUAAUGUUGAUGAUGAUUGUUGAAUAUCUGGAAAUGAUCAAAUAUAGAGUGAGUACAUAUGGUAGGUGAUGCACUCAAGUCCAAAGGAAUAGUCACCAAAGGCCAAGACUAAAGUUACUACUACUAAUGUAUUUAUUAGUACACAAGACACCAAUACCUGAGGGGUGGUGGGUGUCCUGAAGGAGGCGUGAGGCACUCCGGCCCCCAGCGAACUCUCCUGUACUGCCGGAACAAACCCAGAGUUACAGUGUCCCAAAUGCUUUGCUUCUGUGCUGCUCUCAGCCACUGAAGCAAGAAUACCUUUCGAAAAUGCAUCGUUCUUUUUGCUGUGUUAACAGUUUGAACAAGAAAGACUUGUGAAUGCCGUGCUUCUUUGGCAGAUACUGAAGCAGGGGGAGACUUUUCUAUGCCUGAUUAUUUAUGACAGUUGGAAUGAAUCAGUGGAACAUCAGACUGCCCUACACACUGUGCUUCAUUGACCCUCCCAGGCAGUGAAGUGCCAGUACUCAAAUGUCCCAAAUGCUGUGUAAGUUAGUGAAGCAAGACCACCGAUAAAAUGCAUUGAGUAUAAAAGACCGAAGUUAGGAUGCAGCUCCCAGAUGGUGACCACUUGUUGGGUUCCUCUGUGUGUGUGUGUGUGUGUGUGUGUGUGUGUGUGUGUGUGUGUGUGUGUGUGUGUGUGUGUGUGUGUGUGUGUGCAUGCAUCCUGAUGUACUGAGGCAUUUGUUCAUCCCCUCCACAACCUCUGUGUGUGUGUGUAUGUGUGUGCGUGUGGAGGGAGGCUGCGUUGGUCUGUGUGGCCGCCUGUGGAUGCACCUCUCAUCACUACUAUUCUGUCACCACUCUAAGCAAGGCACUUCAGACAUCCCAAGACAUUCCCUUUGUUCUAACAUUGCUGUUUUGUUUUUGUGUUCACUGUUGGAGAAAAGGACUUGAUUCUUCUGAGAUGUAGUUUCAUAGUUUGCCAUUGUGGAUUUAUGAGUGACCAAACUUAGUGAAUCCUCAAAGUUCGUUAGAUUUUCUUUAAAGCAAUGAAGAUCAUACAGCUGUGUCAGUAUCUGGGACCACACUCGUAAAUGUUUGUGUCUCAUCUUGAUUACCUUCAAUGGGAAUUUAAUUGUGGUUUCCAAGGGUGUUUUCAUGAUUCUAGUGAUAGUUUAACAAGAAUUCUGUAUCAUUAAUGAGAAGAAAACGCCCAUGAGGACCUGACUCUUUGUUUUUGAAAAUAAUUGUGAUGAGAGAACACUGUGUCUCAAGAUCAGGCUUGAGUGGCAGAGAAGCUGAUGAGCUGAGGCAUGUUUGGGGCUCAAAAAUCCACUUUCUCUGACUUUGGAACUGUCAGUGUAUGAUGUACUAUUUAUGCUUCUUUGGUUAUUAGCAUGAGGUGCAAAAGGAGAAGGGAGAUGAGGAGAUGAAGAGGUGGAGACAUGAGGUGGAUGUGAGGUGAAUGAGGGAGCCUCACUCAUGCAUUCAUUGACAUAAGGAAGUAAUAUCAUGCAGGUGCUAUAACUAGUAAAGUUCUUUCAACUCUAUUAUAUAAUAUAUAUUUUUUAUCUGUUUUAUCAUUUAUUUAUAAGGUUAAUUCCAAAUAAGUUGUAUGGCUUUAUUAUAAACAAAGAAAGAAA